CCGGCCCCGGGCCCGCUCGCCCGCCGCCCCGCAUGGAGCUGUCAGCCAUCGGCGAGCAGGUGUUCGCGGUGGAGAGCAUCCGGAAGAAGCGCGUGCGGAAGGGUAAAGUCGAGUAUCUGGUGAAAUGGAAAGGAUGGCCUCCAAAGUACAGCACAUGGGAGCCAGAAGAGCACAUCCUGGACCCCCGCUUGGUCAUGGCCUAUGAGGAGAAGGAGGAGCGAGACCGAGCGUCGGGGUAUAGGAAGAGAGGUCCGAAACCCAAGCGGCUUCUGCUGCAGCGGCUGUACAGCAUGGACCUGCGGAGCUCCCACAAGGCCAAGGGCAAGGAGAAGCUCUGCUUCUCCCUGACGCGCCCACUCGGCAGCGGGAGCCCUGAGGGGGUGGUCAAGGCAGGGGCGCCCGAGCUGGUGGACAAGGGCCCCUUGGUGCCCACCCUGCCCUUCCCGCUCCGCAAGCCGCGCAAGGCCCACAAGUACCUGCGGCUCUCACGCAAGAAGUUCCCGCCCCGCGGGCCCGACCUGGAGAGUCACAGCCAUCCACGGGAGCUCUUCCUGCAGGAGCCAGCAGCCCCGGACGUCCUGCAGGCAGCCAGCGAGUGGGAGCCUGCUGAGCAGCCCCCCGAGGAGGAGGAUGCAGACCUGGCCGAGGGGCCCCCUCCGUGGACGCCCGUGCUCCCCCCGAGCGAAGUGACAGUGACCGAUAUCACCGCCAAUUCCAUCACCGUCACCUUCCGCGAGGCCCAGGCGGCUGAAGGUUUCUUCCGAGACCGCGGCGGGAAGUUCUGAGUCACCAUUUUUACUCUUCGUAAACUGUUUGCUUUGGGGCUUGGGGUGGGGACUUCCAGAGAUGGG